GGUUGAGGUGGGGGGUUAAGCGGCCGCCGGCCCUGAGCUCGAGGGUGAGGCGGGAAGCGGCGCCUGCGUGAGCCAGCGAGAAAACGGGGGGUGGUACGCUCGUCCCUCCCACAGCGGUACCGGGGUGUUCCGAGGAGAACGUGCUGAGAAACCUAAGAGGUGCUUGUCCCAUUCUACACCCCCUACCCUACCUCCCUCACCCGAAGUCAAGGAAAGAGAACCAGCAUGGUUGAAAACUCUCCAUCACCCUUACCAGAAAGGGCAAUAUAUGGAUUUGCUCUCUUUUUAGGAUCGUGGUUUGGCUUUAUCUUGUAUCUUAUCUGGGCAUAUGUUCCUGAGUCUUGGCUGUUCUCACUGGGGCUAACAUACUGGCCUCAAAAGUACUGGGCAGUUGCUUUGCCAGCAUACCUACUGGUUGCUAUAGGAAUUGGUUAUAUAUUGCUUUUGGGUAUUAACAUGAUGAGUACUGCUCCACUUAACUCCACACACACCAUUACAGAUAACUAUGCAAAAAAGCAGCAACAGAAGAAAUUUCAAGAAGAAGCAAUUCCAGCAUUGAGGGAUAUUCCCAUCAGUGAAGUAAACAGAAUGUUUUUCCUUCCUGAAAAAGUAAUCUGCAAUAGCAGAUAGUCAUUAUUAAUAUCUGUUAGAAAAAAGGAUUAUGAGAAGUGUUACAUAAAGAAAAUCAAAACUUUCCCAAGCUAUAAAAAAUUCUUUCUGUUAGUAGAACAAAGCAUAUUUAUUUUCUGAAUUUGUAACAAAAUUUGUAUUAACACAUUUCACUGAGUUUACUUUCACUGAGUUUGAUUUUAGUAUUAUGCACAUUAACCUGCAUGGGUAUGAGAAUUAUGUCAUAAAUUUAUGUAACCAUUCUUGUGAGUUUCAAAUAGCAUUGUAUUGCUUUUAAAAUUCUGAUUCUGGAUGAAAGUAAUAGCAUUUGGACUAGCUUAAUAGCUAAUUCAGCUUAAGAUGAAUAGCUUGAUUCUAUUUCCUGCUGAGAAAAUUAAAUGUACUAGUCAAAUG